AUGGACCUCUGGACCGGGGCUCUCGAAGAAUACCGCAAGAUCGUCGGAUCUGAUCUGCUCGAUCCGGGUCAUCCGUUCACGCUUCAGAUAGACCACUGCGAAUCAAGUGACGACCUCUUGACUGUAAUCGAAGGGACGAUGCGCCGUCUGGGGAGGAAACGAGAAGGGAAUGAACUGUCCCGGAAGCUUCGACAGGUACUCAAGCCGCUCGUGUCCGGUCUGAAGGUCGUUCUGGAAGCAAGUGGGGAAACGGCUUCGUCAUUGGGUGUCCCGGGAGGCAAGGGGGUGUUUGUGGCAGUAGCCAUCCUCUUGAAAGCGGCGGACGAUGCAAGCACGACCUUCGACAACGUGCUGAAGUCAUUGGACGGCUUUCGGGCGUAUGUGCAACGGAUGGAGAUCCGGGUCAAUGCUCCAAUGAGACAAGAAACGAGGAUGAUCGCAAUCAAGACCCUGGCGCAGAUGUUGCGGACCCUCGCCAUCGCCACCAAGAUGAUACGCAAGAAUCGCUUUGAACGGUUUCUGCAAGCCUUGGUCGCUACCGGCGAUGAGAUCCAGAUCAUCACCCGCGAUAUACAGUCUCUGCACUCUGAGGAGGAGAGAAUGGAGAUGACUGAACUGAUCGUUGGACAAAGCGCUAUGUCAUCUGAGAUUCACGAUAUUCAUACGACCGUGUCUCACUUGUCUAGACAUACGUCUAUUGCGGCGAGCACGGCGCACGUUGUUAUCAAUGAGUCGUAUGAGAACCAGCGACUCAGGAAGGAGGUCUCCAACAUGAAGAACAUGCUUCAAGUGCUGGUAAAUCGAAGUGACGUCCAGGCUCGUGUCGCUCCAUCCACUGUCGCUGAUCACGCCAUUUCCCUUUCUGCGGGUCGAAUGAUUGGCCAUUACAGCCAACUCGGACGUGCACUGGGUAGGCUCAAUCUACAGGAUCAGGACAUACUCUGGCGCGCAUUUGCGACGCUCUUCUCCUGGUUUGUUGAUGCGGGAACUAUCAAAUCACAUGGGGAGACAACUAUGACGACCAUCUCAACUCACGUUCAAGUUAUGGAGACUGCGCUACCCUUCGCCUGCACGAUCUUUCUUCUGUUCUUGAUGUGGAAGUAUCGCUUUGUAUCGCGUCCUUUGGGGCAGUCUGACGGAACUGUUCUCAUUGUGGACGUGUUGGGUGUCAUCUUAGAGCUUGAUCAAGGAACGUUUGAGGACUGGGAUAAUACGCAUGCAUUCCUUGUGCAGGCCUUCCGCGGCCGUCCUGGCGCAUCAUUCGUUGAUGGUGGAUGUUACGCUCUAGGAAACGAAGAACACCUUCUUAUAUCUUCCACUGAAUGGUCGACAAUAGUGAAAUCCGGAUCAAGGCUGAAUAUGAGCCUAGUCAUUGGGCUGCCUGUGUCCCUAUGUCCAUAUUGCCAGACAGAGACAUAUGGUGAUGAGUUCGUACUGGCGGAUGGUCGUAUUGUAUGCUCUUCCUGGGAGUGCGGAAGGCCUUAUGCACUCCUUGAACAUGAUCGGGGCGAGCCGUUAGAGUCGUCAGAGGCCCGAGGAAGUCCCAGUGACGAGACAUCAUAUCAGAGUUCGAGAGACUCCACUACCACGGCUCGCCUGAAUCCCGAGCCAGAAGUUGAAGAAGAGUUAAGCUCUGUGACACAGCAGGGGCCAGAUGAAGAAGAGCCAGAGCCCAUAGGAAUCUUUCAAAGAAUAAUAGUAGCAUAUCAGGAAGAGCCGUCAGAGGACUACCCAGAUGAAGCAGGAGCAUCCUCGACAGACCGGUCGGAAGAGGCGUCCGACGGCAGUUCAUAUGAUCCGGAGGACACAGAAUCCAUGAGAUAUCGCAUCUCCCUAUCUGAGUCUUGGUCGUACGAAGACGCGCCCUAUGGUCCCUAUGAAGAGGGAUCUGGCCUCGGGACUGGCAACAGUUUCAAUGCGAUGGACGGCACAGAAGCCGGUGACAAUGCUGUUUUGGCCUCUCCUGUAACUUUUGCGGGCGGCACUGAGCCGGUAAGACGGGAUCCAGUACAAGCACUGCAUGCGUGGCGGAGAGAAGUAGAGGAGAAUGCUAUUGCCACGGAGAGGGGAAGCAGGAGGAGGAGGAGGCCAGGGAUAACAUUCGAAGCGUAUGACAUGGUACCCCAGGCAGAUGACCACAACAUGCCUUACGUACUUAGGGCCCGUAGGAUCCGGGAUGCAUGA